UGGUUCGUCAAUAUUUUUCCACUCUAAUUCAAACCUCAUUACACUACAAAUGGCGACCACUGAGCCUAAGCACGAGCACCGGGAAGAGGAAGAAGAAGCUGCCGGAGCCGAUGAUGAAGAUACCGGAGCUCAGGUGGCUCCAAUUGUCAGACUCGAAGAAGUUGUUGUAUCAACUGGCGAGGAAAAUGAAGAUCCCCUCAUUGAUUUGAAAGCCAAGCUUUAUAGGUUUGAUAAAGAUGGUAAUCAGUGGAAAGAGAGAGGCGUUGGAACUGUGAAGCUAUUGAAGCAUAAGGAAACUGGCAAAGUUCGGCUUGUUAUGCGCCAAUCCAAAACCCUUAAGAUCUGCGCCAACCACCUUGUUCUCCCAACGAUGACGGUUCAGGAACAUGCUGGAAAUGAGAAGUCCUGCGUGUGGCAUGCACCAGAUUUUGCUGAUGGUGAACUGAAAGAUGAGCUUUUUUGCAUCAGAUUUGCAUCUAUCGAGAAUUGCAAAUCCUUCAUGGAGAUGUUUCAAGAGGUUGCUGAAUCACAAAAGAAAGAGGAAAGUGAAGAUGGAUCUACUGCUGCCGGACUGCUUGAAAAGUUAAGUGUUGAAGAUAAAAGCGAGGAGAAAGCUGAAGACAAAACCAAGGAAGGGGAUGGUAAGGAGGAGAAAGCUGAAGACGAGGAUGCAGAGAAAAAGGACGAAAAGGCUACAGUGUGAGGGUUAUGCAAGCCACGUUAAUACGCCUGUAGUUUUGAGGUUUGUAAUGCCAUUUCUUUGCCAACCAAGUUAGUUGUAUUGUUGGUCAAGUGCAAGAAGUGGUUAAAGGGAUUCUCUGGGUUUUUUCUUCGGCUGGGGUUAUCGGUACCCAGAAAGUGUUUGGUUUUAAUGUUUGCAGAAACUUUGGGUCUUGUAUUCUGGUUGAGAUAUUUGUCAAGUGGGUGUAACGAUAGAUCUUGCUGGUGUUAUUCUUUAUGCAAUCUUCUGAGUUCUGAGUA